UUUGAGGCGUUUGAUUUCUUUUCUCUCUUGUAAAAUCUUCGUUUGCGUUGGAAAAAGUUCCUUACCACACCAUGGAACAAGCCAAGCAGAUUUCACAAGAAACCUUCGAUGCGGUUGUCCGGGAAAAUGUGGAAGAAUUUGAAAUGGAUUUACACGAGGCGGCCCAAGACGCUAUAGAUCAGUUCAAGACUCAAGGCGUUGACAUGUCGAACUUGAUCACGUCAUAUGUCAAAGAUCCGGACACAGGAGAACUAAAACACAGCAAUCCUGUGAAAGAUGCCUUGGACAAGAUAAGGAUAUCAUUAAAAGAUGAUGAAACAAAAUCUCUGCUGGAGGGAUUGAAGGAUCUUUCUCUGGAGUGUGACAAAAGUGAAAGUAACAGAAAAUUUGCUGCAAGCAAAGAUGCCUUGAACUUACUAUUCUCCAGCUGCAACCAUUGUUACUUAAUGAAGAACAAAAACAAUCUUUCUACCAGUCUUGAUGCGCUGUGCUCAUUUUUACAUGGCCAGGGAGAUCUUGCUGAUGCUAAACUGAUUGAAUUUCUGGCAAGCUGUUUAAAAGAACUUAAAGAAGAAAUUUUAGUUGAGAGACUUGUCAGAUCCAUAAGACUCGCUUGUAUCAAGAGUGAGUCCAAUCGUCAGACUUUUGUUGCCAAUGAUGUGUUACCUUUCUUAGUUACUACUUUAAGGGAUUUCAGAUGGUCAGCAUCAAUUGUUAAAGAAAUGUGCAUGACUUUGCGUGUUUUUACAUUUGAUGACGACAUGAGUGUCGCUUUUGGCAAGGCACAUGAACAUGCCAAGCUGAUUGUAGCAGGGAAUGCAUUUGCUGUGAUUCUGGACAUCAUGGGAACCUGCCAAGAUGUUGAAAUGGCCAGUGAGCUGUGUGUAACCUUGAGCCGUUUAGCAGUAAGAAAUGAGUAUUGCAAGGAUAUAGUUGAUCUUGGUGGAUUGAAAAUGGUGCUGAAACUAUUGCAGGACCACACUACCAAUCAGAACAUUGCCAAGCAGGUGUGCACUCUCCUGAGAGCUAUAGCUGGAAAUGAUGAUGUCAAGACUUCUAUUGUUGAUGCUGGGGGCCUGGGGCUUAUUGUCCUUGCCAUGACAACCCAUGCCAAACAGCCAAUGGUGGCAGAGCAAGGCUGUGCAGCCCUGGGAUCCAUUGCGUUAAGGAACCCGGCAAACUGCACGGCAAUUGUUGGUGCUGGGGGAGUAGAGGCCAUUGUUAAAGCUAUGCAAAUUCAUGCCCAGUCAGCUGGGGUUCAGAAACAAGCCUGUCUGGCCCUGCGCAAUCUAGUCGCCCGUAACCCUGAACACUGUGAAAUCAUAUUGGAAGCAGGAGCUGAGAGCUUGAUCAGGAAAGCGCAUGGAAAGAUGAAUGAUUGUGAAGAUUUAGCCAAGGCGGCCCUGAGAGAUCUUGGGUGUGAUGUGGAACUGAAGGAACUCUGGACUGGAACCGGACAAGGCAAAGUCCACCAUUAGUUGUAUCAACUUGUAACCCAGGUGAAACGAGUGUAAAGGGCUUGUAUUGUUUGAUGUAGGGACUGUUAUGUCGUCUGCGCUGAAUACUAUGUGGGCCCAGGAACUUGUGGUUAUCGGUCACAACUGCAAGGUUAAGAUCUGCGGAGAAUUCUUGAACCUUUUCAAGAAAAAAGUACCGUUACUUCAUUAUGUUGGACGCUGGGCAUCUGAUAUCAAUGUGAAACUUCAUUGAAUCUUCCUUUUGUACGCGCCCCAACUUGAAUCUCGACGAGUACAAAAAUACGAACAUGGCGAGCGCCGGUUCGUGAACCUCACAUGCAACCUUUAAACAGAAGAUAAAACUGAGUCAAAUACUUUACAAACUUGUCACAUCAUCAUAAUCUAUUUAUUGAAGAAAAAGUGUCGCUAUGCUUGGAAACCGGAAAUGAUGAAGUGUGUCAGGAAAAUGUACCCACAAAUACUUGUCUGCACAAUGAACCUCUGUAGAUGAGAUUAUUAACGUUGUGUAGAAUUAUCAUCUUGGAAAAAGUGAAACAGUCCUGCAGUCUUGUGUGUUACAUGACAUACAUAUAGCGGCGUAUAUUCUGGCUGUAGUCAGUGUUCCUUAUUAGGUGCCGUAGUCCUGGGGG